AUGUCCAACGCCGAAAAGUACGCGCUCGGCCCCGUCCCAGCCAUCCCCGGCACCGACUAUGCUCGUGUACCCGUCGACCAGUUCCGCGCCGCCGUGGCCAAGGUUGUCGCGGACGCGUGGGACGAGACCCCAGAGAAGAUCUUUGCCGGUGUUGACAUCGGCAAGAAGGGUGCCGACUUUGCUGUCGCGACCCCCCGCUUCAAGAAGGGCAAGCCCGACGAGUGGGUCAAGAAGGUCGUCGAUGCUUUCAAGCCCGACAACUACCUCUCCGAGGUCAAGGCCCAGGGCCCCUUCCUCAUGUUCACUGCCAACCGCGCAUCCUUCGCAUACCACAUCCUCAACACCAUCUCCAAAAUGUCGGCCGAGGCUGAGGCUAAGCCCGACUGCCAAACGCUCGCCUACGGCACGAACGAGGACGGCAAGGGCAAGCACAUGCUGAUCGACUUCUCGUCGCCCAACAUCGCCAAGCCUUUCCACGCCGGGCACCUCCGGUCGACCAUUAUUGGCGCCGUCAUUGCAAACCUACACGAUGCCGCCGGGUGGAAGGUCACGCGCCUCAACUACCUCGGUGACUGGGGAACACAAUACGGCUUGCUGUCUCUGGGCUUUGACCGCUACGGAGAUGAGGAAGAAUUGAAGAAGGACCCCAUCAAGCACCUCUUCAAGGUGUACGUCAAGAUCAACCAGGACAACGCGGCCGAGAAGGAGAAGUUCAACAAUGGCGAAAUCACGGACGCCAGCACUACGACGCACGCCCAAGCGCAGCGCAUCUUCAAGUCGAUGGAGGACGGCGACGAGGCUGCGCUCAAGCAGUGGCGCCGGUUCCGUGACCUGUCGAUCGGCAAGCUUGACCAGACUUAUGACACGCUCAACGUGCACUUUGACGUUUACUGGGGCGAGUCGCAGGUGUCGGACGACAGCAUCCUCCGCGCGAUCCGCGUGUGCCAGGAGAAGGGCCUGACGGUCGAGGAGGAGAACGGUGCACUGCUUGUUGACUUGAAGAAGUACAAGCUCGACCGUGCCAUCAUCCGCAAGGCGGACGGCACCUCGAUCUACCUCACCCGUGACAUUGGUGGCGCGUACGACAAGUACCAGAAGUACAAGUUUGACAAGCACAUUUAUGUCACGGCGCACCAGCAGGCGCUCCACUUCAAGCAGCUCUUCAAGACGGUCGAACUCAUGGGCGAGGAGUACGCCGGCAAGCUGGAGCACGUCACCUUUGGCAUGGUGCACGGCAUGUCGACGCGUAAGGGCAACGUUGUGUUCUUAGACGACAUCCUUCUCGACGCCAAGGACGCGAUGCACGACGCCAUGAAGUCGAACGAGGCCAAGUACGCGCAGGUUGAGGACCCCGAGGAGACGUCGGCGAUCAUUGGCGCCACCGCUGUCAAGAUCCAGGACUUGUCGGGCAAGCGCUUGAACGACUACACGUUCAACAUCAAGCGUUGCACCAGCUUUGAGGGUGACUUUGGACCGUUCAUCCAGUACUCGCACGUCCGUCUGUGUUCGGUCCAGCGCAAGAACCCCAACGUCCACGUCGUCGAGACGGCCAACGACAUUGACGUCUCGAUCCUCUCCCAGCCCAAGAUCCACGAGAUCCUCUACCACCUCGCCCAGUACCCUGACGUCGUCAAGACGUCGCUCAAGUUCUCCGAGCCAUCCACCAUUGUCACCUGGUGCUUCAAGCUGUCGCACCUCGUCGGUUCGGCAUGGGAGACCAUCAAGGUCUCGGGCGCGUCCGAGGCGGAGGCCAAGGCUCGUCUCUUCCUCUUCAUCCAGAUCCGUCAUGUCCUCGCAUCGGCCAUGCGCCUCCUCUCGCUCACGCCCAUCGAUCGCAUGUAA